AUGGAUCGGCAAGCAGUCAACACCGCACAGCGCGGCCCGAAUCCCCAUCACGUAAAGCGGCGGCUUCCUCCUCCGACCCCCCCCGCCCCGCUUCGAUCGUCGCUACUCAUGAACAGCCUUCUCAUGGAGGCGAUGGUGAAGCCGCUGCAGCGGUACCCAACCCUCGGCGCCACCGUCGGCACCGGCGUGCUAUGCGCCUUCACAUACUGGUGGUACGCCACCUCCAUCCGCAGCACUCUUCUUGCAACGCAGCGCAGUUGCCAGCAGAUGUCGGACAAGGCCUUUCACGAGUGUCGUGAGAUGCUCAAGGCUGGCGAGCGCAGCUGGGGAAGCGAUAUCCGCUCCCGUGAUGCGCAGGUGCGGCGGCUCGAGCUGCAAAACGUUGAGCAGACGCGCAGCGUCGCGCGUCUGGAGUCGGCAAUGAAGAUGUGCCUCAUCCAGAACGCGUAG